UAAUAAAUUUUCUUCUAUAGUGAAUGGAAAUAAUAAUUUAGGUUUGAUUAUAUUUUCAUCAUAUUUGAUCACUUUACAUUGUUUUCUUUUUGAAAAAAAAGAAGAAAUUUAUUGUAUUACUGUGUGUUUUUAUAAGAAAAAUAAAAUCAUGAUACGAGGAGCAGUGAGAGCUGCUAGAAGUGCAGUAAACGUGAGAAAUUUAGCAAAUGCACCAGCUCAAGAAACAGUAAUAUCAGCAACGUUUAAAAUUCAGGAUAAUAAAGAUUUUGAUGAACGAGUAAAAAAUUCUAAAGUUCCAGUUAUUGUUGACUUUUUUGCAACAUGGUGCAAUCCUUGUCGAAUGUUAACUCCUCGUAUUGAGUCGGUGAUAGCAGAAAAGCAGGGAAAAAUUCUUUUGGCUAAAGUUGACAUUGACGAAAAUUCAGAUCUUGCUCUUGAUUAUGAGGUUGGUUCAGUGCCCGUAUUAAUUGCUAUGAAAGACGGCAAAGUAUUGGAACGAAUUGUUGGACUACAAGACACAGACAAAUUACGUCAAUUUGUCGAUAAAUAUGCAAAAUAAAUGUAGAUCUUAAAUGUAAAAAAAAUAUGUUUGAUUAUUUUAGAAUAAAUAGAUUUACUUAUACAUCUCAAUUGAUGUCCUAAAAGUGUAUAAUUGAAAAGGACUAAAAAUACAAAUUGUGGAUGGUUAUUUGUAAUAAAAUGUAAUGUAGCUUAAGCUACUUUAUAAGUCAGGGAUUAAUAAUGUAAAAAUGGUGUAAAGUAAAAAUAUUUGAAAUAAAAUUUUAGACUUUA